AUGUAUACAUUCUCAGGUCAGAAGAGCAUUUACGACAAACCGGCGCUAGACAAUGUAGAUCCAAGCGGUAGCAGUAAGCGUCAAGAGCCUUUGGAUAAUAGUUUAGAAGACAUCCCCAACGAUGGUCUCGUGAAAAUUCAUAAGAAACGUCGCCUUAACGAAAACAAAUUUGGUGAAAGUUCGGAGGCCGCUCAAGUUCCUACGCUACCCUCUACGCCAGAGAAGAAGUAUGAAACGCCGCAACCUGAGACUCCGCCAAGUGUUCGAAACCUGUACCACCUCGUGGACAACCUCCGUCUCAAGACUUCGAUGAUUGUUGAUUCCAGUGUCCCCACCAUUUACUACGGCGCUAGGACUCACAAGCAGUUGCAGCAAGUCGUGAAGGAGUUUGCGAGGACGGAUUAUUGUGGCGAGAUGCUUAUGACGAUCCUGUCUAGCAGAGACUAUAGCUGUAUACGGGAGUUCGACCGCCAGACCUGGAGCAGUAAGAAUGAUAUGUGUAGGGCUUGUAUUAAGCCAUUCGAUUCGACAAGAGAUCGCCAAAGUGACACGAAUUGCAAGUUCUACGACAAUAGGAUGGCACUCAACCACAAGAGUCUGCCCCCGGCCUUCGACCUGGAUGAGUUGGUUGCAGCAGGAGAGGAGAUGAGAGCGUGUCCCUACUUCGCCGCAAGAUCGAUGGCCACCAGCGCCCAUAUUGUCUUCUGCCCCUACAACUACCUUAUAGAGCCUUCAAUUAGAAACAGUAUGCAAAUCGAUUUGCAAGGCAACAUCGUGAUCAUUGACGAGGCGCACAACAUCGAGGAUAUUUGCCGCGACGCCGCCACAUUUACCUUCACAAGGGACAACAUACAAGCCGCUAUCAAGGAGCUGGAAGUGGUCGCUGGAUACAGAUACGCGAACCAGGACGUGAUGAGCUACAUCGAAUACUUAUUGCAGACCCUCAGACGUUGGGACGAAUGGUUCGUAAACCAGAUACCGCUAAUUAACAAGCAGGCGGUGAGCGGCAACGAGGCAGUGUACACGUGGCAGGUGGAGCACUUCGUGCAAACGCUCAACAACCACAACAUCGGACAGCAGCAUUACAACGAAUUUCGACAAAAUGCUGAAAUAUUCUGUAAACGCCUGCGCGAAGACCCGCGUACUUUGUUCGGUAUAACUCAGGCAACCGGCACGUUGAUCGAAUCCAUCGAUACAGUACUAGGUUACUUGUUUCGCUGCUCGGGAAAGUAUAUGGACGAUUUCAAACCUGCUCUCAUACGAAACGUAACCGGCUUAGACACGCUAUCAGAUGCUGUCUCAUGGCGGUCCUCACAGUUUAACAGGUCAAUAGACAAAGAAAUUCUGUCACUGCGUCUGAUGUGCAUGAACCCGGCAGUGAUUUUCGAGAGUUUGAAAAAGGCGCGUUGUAUCAUGUUGGCUUCGGGCACACUCACGCCGCUCGUCAGCCUGCACUCCGAGCUCGCGACCGACUUCCCGCUGCAAGUCAGCCCCAAUCACAUCAUACCGAGCGAUCGGGUAUGGAUAGGUUCCCUAACAACAUGUCCUAACGGCACCAAGUUGGAAUGCAACAGUCGUGGAACCGACCAAAUAGAGAUACAAGACGCGCUGGGACAAGCGGUGUUAUGGGUGAGCAAGGUGACCCCUAAUGGCGUACUUUGCUUCCUUCCUUCCUACCAGCUCAUGAAUAAAUUAGUGAAACGAUGGCGGGAAACGAGCACUUGGCAACAGCUUAACGAACUAAAACACGUCUUCAUGGAAAGCAGAAAUGUGAGAGAUCACAACGAUGUUAUGGAAGACUAUUACAAAUACGUUGCAACGAGUAAAGGCGCACUUCUGUUCGCUGUGUACCGCGGUAAGGUGUCAGAAGGAAUGGAUUUCAAGGACCAUCAAGCUAGAGCUGUGAUAACUGUAUGUGUUCCAUACCCGAACACUUUCGAUAUGGCUGUGAAGGAGAAGAUGAAGUACAACGACAAAUAUGCUGCGGAGAGGAAGUUACUAUCCAGUAGCGAGUGGCUUCUGGUGCAAGCUUACAGGGCACUGAACCAGGCUGUGGGACGCUGCGUGCGGCACCGCGGCGACUGGGGCGCCGUGCUGCUGGUGGACGCGCGCUUCGCCUCCGCGUACUACACGCAGCACCUCUCCAAGUGGGUGCGCAGCUUCUUAGGAAAUAAUCAUCACACAUUCGAGAGUCUAGUCAACAGUCCCAACAGUCUGCAGUCAUUCAUGCAGAACAUGACCAUCAUGGAGGACGAGGACGUAUAA